GACCCAUCAAAUAUCAAACCCUUGUUUUUUUUCCCAACAUCUCAUAGAGAAUGAGGAAUUGCAGCUUCGAUCUCCGGCUAUCUCCGGUGGAUCCCCCGGCGCCAUCUUGCCGCCGACAAUCAAUGGCUACUAAUGCGUCGUUCACCGUAAGUUCCAAGGAGAUUAUCGUUCUCUAUAAUGGGAGAUUAUGCGUAUACGACGUCGAGGAGCUCCAGAUAAGGGCCAUAAUUGAGAUGGGGAAGCCGUUAGUGGGGAUAGGAUCUCCGUUAGGGUUCAGGGUGAAGAGAUCGCUGCAGAGGUUUUUGGAGAAGAGGAAGAUGAGAAGCCAGGCCCUCUCUCCUUACUGCUCCUCUUCCACAUCAUCUCCCAAUUUCUAACCCUAAUGUGCCAUCUUUCCAAUCCACGAGAACACGACCAAACCCCAAAAAAAAAGUUUUUUUUUUGCUCCCUGACAUGAAGGGGGAUCUAACAAGUAUUUCUUUACUCUCUCCCUUCCAGUGGUUUUUAUCGAAGAAAUGUCGUAAAUCGUAAUGUA